GCAUCAUAUUCUGAUAUCAUCUCGACACCCCUCGUCAUCUCCACCUCAGCCUUCGUCCGAGCUGCUGCAAAACAUCCCGAUACUCCAGACUCUGAACCCGUCGAUCAGACUGCGGAAAUCCUGUCUUAGAUAGCUGACCAUCAUAUCGGCGUCGCUUCAUUAUUGGGUGGGAUAGAUAUUGAGAUUGGGAAUCGCGAAUCCCGAGGAAAAAAGACAAUAGAAGGCGCCGGUGCCCCGUUUGUUUGGAACAAUGCCUCACGCUCUACCGAUGCCGUCGCCAGGACUACAGGCCAUUAUUCUCUGUGGUCCCGGUUCAUCUUUCCCAACCUUUACAGCCAACCCGGAUCAAAAUCCCAAGGCUCUCAUACCAAUAGCUAAUCGGCCCAUGGUGUGGUAUCCCAUAGAUUUCUGUUAUAGAAUGGGUGUCACUAGUAAGUACUGUGAUUUCCCCGCAGUCUGGCUUGAGUUUUGUCUUGUUAUUUCUCAUUUCAUUGUACCACAUUUGGCACUGAGCUAUGAGUCACAUGAUGGAUUUUUGCAUUCAGCACUCAUAUAACUAUGAAAUUGAUAUCAUGGUUGUUUAUAAAACACACCUGAUUGUAAUUACAAAUUUACAAUCUACAUCUACAUCCGUUUUGUCUUUUAAUUUUGCAAAAGAUAUUGUGUUUGGUUUUAUGGGUAUUAUUCUGACGUUUUCCCAGGUGUCACUCUCAUCGCUCCACCUUCAUCUGCACCUGCAAUUGCAGCCGCAUUGAAUACCAAUCCUCAUUUGACAAGUGUCGCCCCACCAAAGGCACCAAAACCAGAUUUACUUGUUCCACAAGACCUUGAUCAGAACACCGGGACAGCUGAAAUCUUUCGGUUACUAGAAGUUCGUGCAGUAGUCAGAGGAGAUUUUGUCGUAUUACCAUGCGAUUUGGUAUGUGAGCUAGGUGGUGAAACUCUACUUGCAGCAUGGAUGGGAAAGGAGGCUGUUUUUGGAGCUGCUACUGAUAGCCAGACCGCUAAUGGUACGCGAAGAGGAGGCUUAGGUGUAUGGUAUGAGACAAAGGGCGAGACAAAAAUUAAAGGGGAAGAGACAGAUUUUAUCGCUACAUCACCACUUCAACCUGGUCCAUUACCGCCUUCAAGGUCAUCGCUCAUGUCGCACGUUUCAAAAUUGGUAUACUCGGUGCCAACAGAUACUUUGGACGACAUCACAGAAGCGAAGAAGAGUCUUCCUGUUCGUCACGCAUUAAUCCGGACACACCCUCGACUGAGAAUGCUAAGCUCCCAUCGAGAUGCUCAUAUUUACGUUUUUCCUGCUUGGGUUGUAGACAUGAUCAACAGCAAUGAACAAAUGGAUAGCAUUGGAGAAGAUGUAAUUGGUUGGUGGGCAAAGUCAGAAUGGCAAGAUGGCCUCGCAGAGAAGCUGGGCCUUCAGGAAGUGUUUGGAAGUCCACAAAAAGUUGAUGGCGACGACAAUUUACUUGAUAAUGCUCCACAACAUGAUAUUGACUCAGGAAGCCUGAGCACAACCUGGACGUCAAGUCUCCAAAAGUCUCUGUUGGAUGAAACGGAAAGCGCUAAGUCAAAACUAGUUGUCCCUCCAAUUUUAGCAUAUAUCCACCCGAAAGCAAACGAAGGCGCUCAGUCACCAUUGAUAAGACGGGUUGAUACGGCGCCAUUGUUGUUGGCAAUAUCUCUUCAAAUUGCCAAAUUGGAGGCGAUUGAUACUGUUGGUCGCGAUGCUUCUUCGCCAUUCGCUCAUCAGAGCAAAGUGGCUUACCCGGAGGGAAUCGCUCAACGUACUACUGUCACCAAACCAGAUAGUCUCCUUGCAGAGAAUGUCACGGUUGAGGAAAAGUGUUCGAUCAAGGAAUGUGUUAUUGGCGCGAAUUGCCAGAUUAAACAGGGGGCUAAACUAACAAGAUGUCUACUGAUGGAUGGUGUCGUGGUUGGCAGGGGUUGUAAGCUAACAGGAUGUAUCUUGGGAAGAAGAAGUGAUAUUGGCGAGGACUCGGUGUUGUUGGAUUGUGAGGUCCAAGAAAACCUUCUGGUGGAACCUGGAAGUAAGUUAUCUACUUCGGCUUUCCCGCAUAGUGCUGACAUUAUUUUCAACUACAGCGGAGGAUAAAAAUAACAAAAUCAUGAGUUCAGAGGGCAUGGAAGCGACAGAACAAGAAAUCCAAGAUUUUGCAGACGAUUCAGCUAUGGACGACGGAGAAGGGAUCCCAUUAGAAGUCUGAAUAUCGAAAAUCCCCAGCUCCAGCACGUACAAUGAAGGGGUUUCUUGCGAACAAUAUUGGUUGCUAUGCCUAAUUCGCACCAGAUCACGGCGCUUGUUGUGGAAUGGGCACGGCAUUUCGCGUAACACGAAAUCGACUCUCCCAACAUAUAGUCUAUUCUGGGCAGCAUUCGUCUCGCUCCAUCCAAAAAUUGAGAUUCGAAUUAAGACGCCAAUUAUACCGAGAACUCGGCAGUUCCAUGCAGCUGAUGUUGCAGCGCCAUAUAUGAUGCCUAUGACAGGCUUCCAGAAGGUCAUUGAUGCGCAAGUAGACGACUUUUGUUCAACGUGAGGGAUCAUUAUCUUCGCCCCCCUCCAACCCUUCCUAGCAUGCUCUGGGAGCAUGAUUUGUGGAUAAUUUAGGUUAGGUCGAUCCCCAGGCAGCUCCCAACACUCUUCAACCAUUUAGCGGGAAGGCAGAAGAAGUAUUUCCAAAUAUUUCAUCAACAAAUGCAAUGCAAGAUCGUCACAGUCCC